UCUGUGUCGUCGAUGUGUGCAUCAAGAUGCGUGUCGGUAUUCACUGGGUAGUCUACUUUUCCUUUUGCCUCUGACCCGUUUCUUCGCACCUUUUUGCCGACCUGUUGACCACGGAGCGCUCGAGAGAUGACGGGGGCUACUUCUGUCUCCGUCCGGUGAGGAUGCCCCGGGCGCGAGCUGGAUCACGGAGACGAGCACGAGCCUCGGCGUGGAUAUGGAGCCCAUGGCGGUGGCCGGCAGGGCAUCUCCUUCGCGGCGGCGGAAGGUGGCACCGGUGGAAGAAAGGGCCGUUAUGGCAGCGAGGACCGCGGUUUGGGUUUCGAGCUCGUCGACGGCGUGGAGCACAUGGAGCAUCACUGACGUGUUUUGUUGGUGGCUCAGCGGUUCUUCCGUUCUUCGGCACGGAGGCCUUCAUUUUCUGGUGCCCCCCGUCCUCGCGCCGCCGUGCAGUCCAGGGAUUUGUGCCCCUCGUCUUCCUCGCGUACGGGCUGUUCGUGCACAGGUUCCCGAAGCUCUGGUGCUUGUGGCGCCACCAGAUGUGGCACCUGGCGUCCCGAGGAUACCGGUGCGUGGCCCCCGACCUCCGCGGCUAUGGCGGCACCACGGUCCCGCCCGACCCUUCCUCCUACACCGUGCUCCACAUCGUCGGGGACCUCGUCGCUCUCCUCGACGCCCUCCACCUCCACCAGGUGUUCCUGGUGGUGCACGACCAGGGCGCCACCGUGUGUUGGAACAUGUGCCUACUGCGGCCGGACCAGGUGCGUGCGGUCGUCCCUUCAUGCCCCAGGGGUGAGGUGCCUACGGCGACGAUUACUACGUCUGCAGGUUCGAGGCGAAGCAGCAGAGCUAGGUGUUCCCAUCUCUGUCCUCGACGGCGUAGCCUGCUUCCCCUCAGUCCGGUGAGUAUCCUGUGUCCGGUGCAAAGAGGUGCUCGCUCAUGGUUGUUCUCUUCGUUGGCGAUGUUUAGUUCGCCGCUAGCCGCAUUUGCGUUUGAUCUGAUUUGGGGGGAUGUGCGGUCCAUGGUCGACCUUGUGGUGCAUCAUCCCCACCAUGUGUUUUGCUCUUCAGUGAGGAUUAUUUGGGCGUUUUUUUGCUGCGAUCUACUGCUGCUUGUGUUGCUAUGAAGAGGGUGAUUUUGUGCGUUUUGAAGCCCAGCUAGUUGCACCAGCAUUUAGGUAGUGUAUUGCCCAUUUUUACCCAUUCAGGGGAUCAAAUUGAUGUUUGCUCUUCACCCAGAUUGUACUAGGGAUUAACUUGGUUGAUAUUAUGUGCAUCCGUUCCUUUUGAAACUGGGAGUUUAAUUGCUAAUUUUGUGGCUGAUGCCCCUAAUCUGUCGAUUUAGGUGAUUCAUGGGUCUGACUUAGUACUUACUGUUUGUUUUGGUUAGCAGAACUGUUAAUUUGUGCCUUCCAAAAUAUGAUAGGGCGUAUAGGUUGUGUGUUUAUAAAGGUUUGUUUCAUAAAUGCUUCCAAAUUUCUUUAGAACAUACACCAGUGGUUUAAUGCCUCUUUUGGCUGUUUAAUGCUGCAAUAUAUGUGUUUCUAUGGCUUUGUGUGCAAGAAUUAUGGUCGACAGUGAUGGUUGCUCUGACGAGGAUGAUUUUAUUUUGCAACCUGAUUCCAAGGACCCUGAUUUUGAUUAUGGCAAUCGACAUGCAACUGUAAAUGCCGGUGGGCGCCCUCCUUGUGAUUGUGCUGGGUACUCAUCUGAUGACUAUUCGCAAACUGACUUGAUCAUUGACAACUUUUAGUGUGCUGGUAUGUCGUGUUUGGUUUAACCGACAGCUCUGUGGUUUAAUCUCUCAGAAAUCUGAACCAAUUUUUUAUUAACCAAUUUUUCUGUAAAUAUUCAAAUCUGAACAAAUAUGUGAGAAAUGUUUUUAAUCUUGGAUUCGUAAUUCAGAGAAGGCAACCAUCAAGAAAUUGACGAUCCAAUUGUGAGAUUCUUGCUUUAUAUCUUUUUUUCUCCAAACACCAUGCAAUUUCAAUAUUAUGAUUCUGCAAUUGCUCUUGUUUGUAAUAUCAAUUGCACACUUAGUACUUCUGCAUUCAUUUUUAUGUAGGCAGCUAUUACACUAAAAUGGUUAUGCAAUUAUGCAUACAUGUAAUAUCAAUAGCGGUUUUAUUUUACUUAUGCAUUUCCAGCCUAACUGUUGCCACAAUUAUUGUAAAUUCAAACUAUUUUUUCUGGUGCUGCUCUUGUCCCGCUUCUCUUGUUGUAUACUUAGCUUUUGAAACCUACCUUGCAUUUUUUAUAUCUAUAGGGUUUUCUGAAUCUUUUCAUGUGCUUUUGAUACUGCAAUUGCUCAUACAUGAAUUACCGGUUGCUCCUUUGUAUUAUAUGCAACCACAUACACUUUGUAUUUUUAGGUGCAGCUCAUCCUUUUUUUCUAUUUAAAUUUAUUUAAGAAUAUCUUUUUGUUAUGUCUCAGUGUAAUUAUUUUGUAAUUAACAUAAUCAUCUUCAUUUAGCCCUUACAAUGUCUGCAUGAAUAAUUCUGUAAUUAGCUUCACCCAUGUUUUCUGUAAACAGUAUCUCUGAAAGUUGUAAGAUAAUGAACAUAUGAAUGGCUUCUCUGCCUUAUUUUCUCUUCUUUAUAAUUCUGAAUGUCAAUUUUGUACUGUCCAUAAAAUAUAGUUGUGGUAUCUAAACUUUUUGCAAUCCUAAUUUAUGCCAUUUUGGCCGUUUGGCAAUUGCUACACUUUAAUAUCAAUUUUCGUGUUCUGUUUUUCAGAUUGCAAUGUCUUAUGCCAUUAAUUGCAGCAACUUUUCUACUGCAAUUCCAAGCAUACCCAGCUGCAAUUGCUAAUUAAAGAUCUUCUUUACUAGCUUCUCCUUAUAGUCCUAGUUGCAUUGUCCUAACUAUGUCUUUUGCAUUUGCUUUGGGUUAUGAUGGCGAUAUCUGCUUCCCUUGUUGGCUAAUUUUUUGCGCCGGGAUUUUUCUUUUUCUUUUUGCUCGGUUCUGGCGAAGCGAAGACAACAGAGCCUUGUGUGUUUCGAUCUGCACUGUCAUCCGCAGAGUCUAGCUGACUGUCGAUGAGUUUUCGUUUCCUUUAUAUAUAUCUGCAAUAGGGGUUGUUCUAUCUGCUUCUUAAUUUUGUAUCUUCUGGACUGUUUCAGUAAUGUCUGAUGUGUUCUCUUCUAUAUCUUCUCUGCAUAUCCAACCUAAACCCUCUGUCUCUAUCAUCCCAAGUUCUUUUCUCUGAACUUGCAUAGGCAAAUUUUGAUUCAGAUCAAUUCUAAUACCGAACCCUCUUAUCUUUCGAGAACCUUCUUAUUCUUUAGUUUUGGAUGCUGAAUUUUGCAACUUUGAUCCAUAGUUUCAACUUUUGCAAUGUCCUCCUAAAUUAGUUGCAAUACUGUAAGUUAUGCAAAUCACAGUGUAUAAAGUUGUGAUUGCAGUUUAAUUUUUGUAAAUGAAGCAGGUUCCUAAACAAAAAAAUUCUUUUGAUUGAGUCUGAACUUGGGGUGUUCAAGGGGUAGUGCCUUAGAUAUUCCGAUGAACACGAAUUUUACACCUUGUAGCUGUACAAAUUGCAUCUCUUUUUAAUUUUUUAUUUGAAAGGGAAUUUUGUUGUAAUUGCAUCCAACUUAUACGGUUUUUGCACCCUGUAGAUGUGCAAAUUGCAGCUAUGUGUUUCCAUUUUAGAAAUGCAUCUAAAUGAACAAUCUCAAACUUAUGAAAAAAGAUAUGCAUCUUUACUCUAGUUGUUUUGUUGUGGGAAAAAAUUCAGAAGUGGUGGAUGGAAUUGCACUUCUUUUAAAGGUUUGUUCCUAAAGGGUUCUAGAUUUUUUAUGUAUAUACCAAAUUUGCACUUCUUUUAAAGUCAAUUGCAUACAAUUUACUAUUUGCGAUCCAAGUAGUUUUCAAAUGCAAUUGCAGUUGAUUUAAUUGGAAUUGCAACCCCAGUUAGCUGUUAUUCUGAAUUCUGUUCAAAAGCAGAUUUGAGUUGGAAAUUUGAAUUCAUUCUUCUUUCCUUUAGUCUUUUGCCCUUAGUUUUGAAUUCUUCUUUCGAUUCAUUUUACGUUAAGAUGGAUUCUGUUCCGACGGUACAAGCCUUGUGCCCACUACAGAUUAGGCUAUGUCCACUUGAUAAAUAUGCCCAGUCCACUCCAUAAUUAACAUGGGGGUAUUUUAUAUGCAUGACUGUAUAAUCGCAGUUUAUUUUUCUUAUAAUUGCAGCUGCUCGCCUUGUGCAAUUCCAAGCAUACCAACUAGUAAAUCAUAAUCGUAGUUGUUUUUAACUACCUAUGUCUCUUUGUUUUGCAUUUGUUGCAAUGCCACCAGGAUCCAGCAUGUUUCUGUUUCGUUCUACUUUUCUAAGGUUUCUUAGCUACAAAUUUUUUAGAUGUAAAGUAUGCUGUGUGGUUUGAUACCUGUGAUGUGUUUUUUGGGCGCUAGAAUCAAAUAAACAAAUACCUGAAUAUGUAACAGCAGCAAAAAAUGGGUGGCUAAGUAUGCAACAAAUUCAAUUUUGCAGACAUGAGAAAGGCAAAAAAAUAGUGGAAAAAAAAGAAAAAGACAUAAUUAAUGAAGCCCAACUAAAAUUGAAUUAUGAGGUCAAAUAAAAUUCUGCCCACCAGUAAACAACCACUAGAACAUACAGACAAGAAGCACGUUGCGCCUUGAUAGAAAAGGAACUCAGGCUCGCCUAAUGGAAUUAUGGAACCAAACCUGGACGUAUCCAGGUAGAUCCACCCUUCCCCAUAUCUCACCGCCCCUUCAGAUCUUGUCUCUUUAUUACUGCAAGGGAAAAAAGAUGAUCAAAAUCAAGUGGGAGCACAAUAAACUACUCCCUCCGUCCAACAAUAUGGCGCAACAAGAUGAUCAAAAGAUGACUAUGGACAUGCAAAUGAUAUUCACAUUUGGCCCCUGAAUGAGGAGAGAGCUAUGGAAGCUGCUGCAGAUCUCGUGUAGGCUUUGUCUAAUUAUUUUCUGUCAUUAAACUUUGAGUUCAACCUCGUCUUCUUUUUUCUGCAUUUAAGUUCAUGGACCAGGAAUUAUUGUACCAAUUUCCGAAGAAGAAACAUUCUUUCAGAGGUGCUCCCAGAUCUGCUUCUGUAGCUGUUUGUAUACCGUCUAUGGAAUCGGUGCAAAAUCUUGGCAAUGAUUGUAUGCAUGGGAAGUUUACACAUGGAUGAUCAGUUAAGCUAUUUGAUUGUAAAAAUCUUCCCAACGAUUGUAUGCAUGGGAAUUUUUCUUUGUGUGUUCCUUGAGACAGAACCUGAAGGGCUUUGUGAAACUGAACACCUGAAGUAUCUAAGACCCCAUCUAUGAAAUGCUGAUAUGCUGCUGCAGUGUAAAUUUUGCUA